GUUUCUUAGACGUUAGGCCCUAUCCAACCCUCAUCCCUCGCACUCGACAAAGAGGAAAAACCAUGGCGGAGAGAGGUGGGGGCGAUCGUGGCGGUUUCGGCCGUGGAUUCGGCGGCCGCGGAGGCCGGGGCGACCGUGGGGGUCGUGGCGGUCGCCGCCGCGCGCCGCGCCAGGAGGAGGAGAAGUGGGUCCCCGUCACCAAGCUCGGCCGCCUCGUGAAGGACGGCAAGAUCCACUCGCUCGAGCAAAUCUACCUCCACUCGCUCCCGAUCAAGGAGCACCAGAUCAUCGACACCCUGGUCGGGCCCUCGCUCAAGGACGAGGUGAUGAAGAUCAUGCCGGUCCAGAAGCAGACCCGGGCCGGCCAGAGGACCCGGUUCAAGGCCUUCGUGGUCGUCGGCGACGGCAAUGGCCACGUCGGGCUGGGGGUCAAGUGCAGCAAGGAGGUGGCCACCGCGAUCCGCGGCGCAAUCAUCCUCGCGAAGCUUUCGGUGAUCCCGGUGAGGAGGGGCUACUGGGGGAACAAGAUUGGGAAGCCGCACACCGUGCCGUGCAAGGUCACAGGCAAGUGCGGGUCGGUCACGGUCAGGAUGGUGCCGGCGCCGCGGGGGGCCGGGAUCGUCGCUGCCCGCGUGCCGAAGAAGGUGCUCCAGUUCGCGGGGAUCGAGGAUGUGUUCACGUCGUCUAGGGGAUCCACGAAGACUCUCGGGAACUUCGUGAAGGCAACCUUCGACUGUCUACUGAAGACUUAUGGCUUCCUUACCCCUGACUUCUGGAGGGAAACACGAUUCACGAAGUCUCCCUUCCAAGAGUACACUGAUCUGUUGGCGAAGCCCACCGGGAAGCCGCUCAUUUUGGACGACACCGAGAGGAUUGAUGCCUGAGGUAGCUCUUUGGCGGCUAAGAGUUAUGUAGUUCGCGUCAGCAACUUUACUUUAGGUUGGUUGUGUUGUUUGUCUUCACAUCUUUGUGACAUUCAGUGCCUUUUGUUACAAUUUGGAUUGAGGAUUUGGAUAUUUGGUCCAUACUGAAACAAAAUUCAGAGCUGCUUAUCGA